UGAACAAUACUAACUAAAUAAAUAAGUCUUAAUUAUUAUAUAUACACGAUUGCAAUAACAAUGAAGUUUGUGCUAAUAAUAACGCUCAGUUGUCUUGCUGUAUACGGCAACUGCAAAAUCAUUAAGGUGUGCAACGAUGACCAACUGUCCAGCGCUCUGUCAUCGGCAGCACCGGGCGAUACCAUACGCUUACACGACGGCAAUUACCAUGGUUCAUUUGAGACCAACAUAUCGGGCACAGCCUCGGCCCCAAUCAGACUCACCGGCUCUAAACAUGCGAUCAUAACAGGCAUUAAAUACGGCUUUUGGCUUAAGGCCGACCACUGGGUGCUAAUGGGCUUCACUGUUGCCGACUCUCAAAAAGGUAUAGUACUGGAGGGCGCGUCACAUAACCUCAUAGACAACGUUGAGGUCCAUAACAUUACGCAAGAGGGCAUACAUUUCCGGUGGGGCAGCACUGAUAAUACACUACAGCACUCGUACAUUCAUCACACCGGGAGGGGCACCACAAAGGAUCAGGGUUAUGGCGAGGGUGUCUAUAUUGGACAAGCGGUUAAUAAUUGGCAAAAUAGUCAGCCAGACAAGAGUGACCGCAAUAAAGUGCUCCACAACCGGAUCGGACCGGAAGUUACCGCCGAAUGUAUAGACAUCAAAGAGGGCUCGUGUUGUGGCCUAAUUAAUGGCAACCAUUUCGAUGGCCAUGGUGAAUCGGGACAAAACUAUGCCGAGUCCCACAUCGAUGUUAAGGGAGAUAACUAUACUAUUGAGGGCAAUAUCGGCACUCAUCCACUAAAACAUGGUUUUGAGCCGGUAUCGGUGGCUGCGGUAAUACUAUUAAAGGCAACCAUUGCCGUGAUUUACCAUCGGGUGGCCAAUGUGUGUUGUCUCGCCGUUUACGGCAACUGCAAGACCAUUGAGGUGUCCAACGCUGACCAACUGCACAGCGCACUGUCAUCGGCAGCCGCGGGCGAUACCAUACAUAUGCACGACGGGAAGUACCAUGGUUCAUUUGAGCCCACCAAAUCGGGCUCAGCCUCGGCCCCCAUCACACUCACCGGCUCUAAACAGGCCGUCAUCUCCGGCACUAAAUACGGCUUUUGGCUUAAAGGCAGUCAUUGGGUGCUAAAGGGCUUUACUGUUACCGACUCUCCAAAGGGUAUAGUACUGGAGGGCGCCUCACAUAACCUCAUAGACAACGUGGAGGUGCAUAACAUCAAGCAGGAGGGCGUCCACUUCCGGUACAACAGCGCUGAUAAUACAAUCCAGAACUCGUACAUUCAUCACACCGGGAGGGGUACCGAAACUGACAAGGGUUACGGCGAGGGUGUCUACCUCGGACAGGCGGUGAGCAAUUGGCAAGGUGGCAAACCAGACAAGAGUGACCGCAAUAAAGUGCUUAACAACCGGAUCGGACCGGAGGUGACCGCCGAGUCUAUCGACAUCAAAGAGGGCUCGUGUUGUGGUGAAAUACGGGGCAAUCAUUUUGAUGGCCAUGGUGAAUUAGGGCUACACUUUGCCGACUCACACAUCGAUGUUAAGGGAGAUAAGUAUGUUAUUGAAGGCAAUACCGGCACUCAUCCCAAGAAAAAUGGUUUCGAGAUUCACCACCAGGCCAAGGCCGGUGUCGGCGGCUGUGAGAAUACCAUUAAAGGCAAUACUUGCGGUGAUAUCCCGUCGGGUGGCAAAUGUGUGGUCAACUUUUCAAAGGACUGCAAAAACUAUGUCGAUAAUUAAAAAUGUUGUAUCAUUAUAAGCUAUUGUAUAAAAUAAAUGUGUAUUUAUAAUCUACUAAUUUGUAAUAAAUUAUAUUUGCAUAAAA